UUGCUUUCUAGAACAACUGAUAUUAUAUUAUUUGUUGCAUGUAUUAUACGCCUUCAAUAUCCACUACAAAUAAUCUUUCGAACUACAAAUAUUAUCCAAUCUUCAGAAUUUAGUGGUGCAAUGCUCAGAAGAAGAAGGCACAACUAACAGUUCAAAGAUACAUACCACCCUUUGAUAUCCCAACAAUUCAAUCCAAAUGGAAUUAAACUUUCUGCUGCGUUAAAAAUCACAGAACACUUUGACGGUCCGUUAAACCUGACAACUCCCGAGAGUGCUGAAUAGUUGUACAUGGUUUGUUAUGAGUGCUGUUUUUAUUAUCAGAGUUGGUGGUUGGAUUUUGUUGCCAGUCAAUAAGGUUCAGAAUCAGCAAGAUACCUUACAAGAUGGCAUCGUCAACACGACUGAAAUCAACCGUUGUCGUGGCUGAUCCGGUGAUACCAUAUAUGGAGGUGAUUCCGGAUGGGUUGUAUCCAAGUCGAAGUAUUGUUAUCAGGGGAGCCGUUCUGCGUGAUUCACACGAGAAACGUUUCGUCGUAGAAUUUUGUUGUGGUUUGCUCAUUCAAGGUGAUCAUCAGGAUGACAAAGCUUUGCAUUUCAAUCCCCGAUUCGAUACCGGUAGCUCAUGGUUUCGUCCUCCACCUGAUCGACAAAUUGUAUUAAAUUCGUUGAUUGGCAACCGGUGGGGUAUGGAGGAGCGUUAUGCAAAUGUUUUCAGAGAAGGAAAUGAAUUUUCAAUGCGCAUCUUGGUGCUCGCUAAUUAUUUCAGCAUUGCUGUCGAUGGUCGUCAUUUAUGUGACUAUUUACAUCGAAUACCGAUUACUAAUAUUAGGACAAUAUAUAUUGGAGGCAAUGUCCGAAUCAGUACCAUUGAAUAUGAGGGCAUCAAUAAUAGUACAACUCCCAAGGAAAUGGCAAUAAUUGACGAAGUUGGCAAACUUACGGUCAGCGAUAUCAUCCGCAAGCCUAAAAUUCCUUUCGAAAUGCGUUUGGAGGAGGGAUUAUCACCCGGAAAAAAGGUAUUAGUUACCGGUACUCCGCUAAUGAAUGCUGAGUGCUUCACCAUCAACUUUUUGACACCGAUGGAACAUUUCUUCCAUUUCCGAGCAAAUUUUUCAUUGGGAAACGAAAAGGAAGCAGUGGUGCGAAAUAGUACAGAGUUCGGAGAAUGGCAAAAAGAAGAACGUGAAAUGUGCUUCUUCCCUUUUCGACGGGGAAUUACCUUCGAUAUCAUGUUUUCUUUUGAGAAAGAGCACAUUUCUAUUGAAAUCAACAACAAUCAUUUCGGUAAUUUUAAUUAUCGAAGAUUUUCCAAACUGACUCACGUCGAAAGUAUCAAUGUGAAAGGUGAUUUAAGCCUGCAGAAAAUUGAGUUCCGAUGAUUAUAACUUCAACACAUAUCAUUAGUUGUUUAUAGAUUGUCUGAACUGGACAUAAUUUCUUUUGAAGUAGACUCCCGUUUUGGAUUGUUUGAAAUCUUGGAGAUAACUUUAAGGUCAUAUAAGCAUUUUGACGAGUUAUUAUUCAUGAGCUUGUAAAGUUAUUUUCAUUGCUGUC